UUCGAGGUCUGCCCCUCCGCUCCAUAACAACAAAAACAUUACUUUAGUUAUCGAGUAAAAUUGUAUCUCCCGCCAGUUGGCCGUUAUUGCUCCCGGGAAAUUCCAAUUCAAACUGUCUUACAGAAGAUAAUGACUCAUUGUUUUCGUCAUGGUCAUCGUUCGAAAUGUAACAAUCCGGUUGUACACUCCCGGUAACCGUAUACUUCCCAUGUUCUGAGUCCCUCCUCCCUGACGUUUUUGUCACUUUAGUAGAGGCCGCUUUGCAUCUUUUUCACGCCGAGCGGAGCAAGAUGGCGGCUGUACUGCCGAGGACGAGGUGUAGCAGCCGCUCGGCAUGAACAUUUAUUUUUGAAAUAAAUUGAUUAAAAUCAAACGGAAAUAUUUGAACAUCGGACUACAAGGGGCGUGCACUACUUCUCACUCCAUUACAUUAAUCGACAUAUCAUUUUCUCUAUUGUGUUAAGCAUUUUUUUCGGACAAAAUGAUCACAAUGUAGUAGCUAGCUAGCCGACCACCGUAGCAAACGCCGGAGAAAGUGUAGAAUGGGAGAGAAGCUAGAACUCAAGCUGAAGUCGCCGGUUGGAGCCGAAGCGGCUGGUUAUCCGUGGCCAUUACCAGUAUACGAUAAACACCAUGAUGCUGCUCAUGAAAUCAUUGAGACCAUUCGGUGGGUGUGUGAGGAGAUCCCAGACCUUAAACUGGCCAUGGAGAACUAUGUCCUCAUCGACUACGACACCAAGAGCUUCGAGAGUAUGCAGAGACUUUGUGACAAAUACAACAGAGCCAUCGACAGCAUCCACCAGCUGUGGAAAGGCACAACACCGCCCCUGAAGCUGAACAAGCGGCCGUCCAAUGGGCUGCUCAGACACAUCCUGCAGCAGGUGUACAACCACUCGGUCACGGACCCCGAGAAGCUCAACAACUAUGAGCCCUUCUCCCCCGAGGUGUACGGCGAGACCUCUUUCGACCUGGUGGCGCAGAUCAUCAACGAGAUGGAGAUGAUGGAGGACGACACCUUUGUAGACCUCGGCAGCGGAGUGGGACAAGUGGUGCUGCAGGUCGCCGCAGCAACAAACUGUAAACACUACUUUGGUGUGGAGAAGGCAGACAUUCCAGCCACUUAUGCUGAGUCCAUGGAUGAAGAAUUUAAGAGAUGGAUGAAGUGGUAUGGGAAGAAACACGGGGAGUACACGCUGGAGAGGGGGGAUUUCCUGUCUGAAGUGUGGAAGGACAGGAUAGCCAACACAAGCAGUGUUAUUUUUGUGAACAACUUUGCCUUUGGUCCAGAGGUGGAUCACCAGCUGAAGGAGCGCUUUGCUAACAUGAAGGAAGGUGCGAAAAUUGUAUCGUCAAAACCUUUUGCACCUCUACAUUUUAGAAUCAACAGUCGAAACUUGAGUGACAUUGGAACAAUAAUGAGAGUCGUUGAGCUGUCUCCAUUGAGGGGUUCAGUGUCCUGGACAGGGAAGCCAGUUUCCUACUACCUGCAUACGAUAGACCGCACCAUACUUGAAAACUAUUUUCAUAGUCUCAAAAAUCCUAAACUCAGGGAGGAGCAAGAAGCAGCUAGGCGUCGACAAGAAAAGAACAGUAAAGACAGUAAAAGCAACACCACCACCCCAACCAAGGCAAAGGAGCACAAGGAUUCCUGCGGGGAGGAUGAGCAACCGGGGCUAUUGGCAGCCGUGAAGGCGUCACCCAAACCACGCCGCGCCAAACUCCUCAGCAAGGGCCGCAAGCUGAGUGCUCGGAAGCGCGGGCGUCCCAAGAAGGCUGCCGUGACCGCAGCCGAACGCAAGAGCAAGAAGAGCCAGAGUGCCCUGGAGCUGCUGCACGCCAAGACCCUCUCUGCAGCACCCCCUCAGGAUGCAUACAGGUCACCUCAAAGUCCCUUCUACCAGCUACCUCCUAAAGUUCAGCACUAUGCGUCUGGGCAACUGCUUCUGGGCCCCACUCCUCCAGGCCUGCAACAGCUUCUAGACAACAUUAAAGUCCAGUACCUCCAGUUCAUGGCCUACAUGAAGACACCUCAGUACCGCAUUCACUUGCAGCAAGUCCUGGAGCAGGAGAAGCUCAAACACCGAGAGCUUUCUGGGCAGGCGGAGCAGCUGCAGACUGUGUGUCAGACCCACAAAGAGAAGAUCAAAGGGCUCUUCCACACCAAACUUGAUGAGCUGGGAGUGAAGGCCCUGACUGUGGAGGACCUACUGCAGGCCCAGAAGGAGAUCUCAGCCCACAACCAUCAGCUGAAGGAGCAGACCAAGCAGCUGGAGAGAGACAUGGCCGAGCUGAGGGACCACAGCCUGCUCCUGUUGAAGUCUCGGUGUGAAGAGCUAAAGCUGGAUUGGAGCUCUCUGUGUCUUGAGAGCCUGCUGAAGGAGAAGCAGGCCCUGCGCAGACAGAUCUCCGAAAAACAGCGCCGCUGUCUCGAGCUACAGAUCAGCAUCGUGGAGCUGGAGAAGAGUCAGAGGCAACAGGAGCUGCUCCAGCUCAAGUCCUACAGUCCCUGUGAGGGCUCCCCCUACCGCAAGGGCCUCCCCGGCCUGGAAGGCCUCCCUCGCCUGGACCUCGACACCCCCAAACUGAGCCUGGCCGUGGCCGGCCUCAGCCCAGAGCUGUCCAUCAACGGCACCGCCUCGCCCUGCUUCGACAGGGGGGGCACCAAGGGAGAGCUCCUCUCCCGCUACCUGCCCAUCUCGCCUGACCACGAGAUCGUGCCCCCCACCCCGGACAUCCGGCACAGGCAGCUGGGUCACCCCCUCCCUGACUACACCCGCUUCUCCCCGGCCAAGAUCGCCCUGCGCAGACACCUGAACCAGGACUCUAGCACUGCACACUUCAGAGGCUUGGGCUUCACUGGUCUCAGGGGGGAUAUGGGUGCCAUCACCUCUCCAUUAGGUGCUAAACUGAGCUGCCUGUCUCCCAACUCAUCAGACAGUCAGCAGAACAACACACCCAGGAGUGCUGAGAGGGGGGGUAAGGAGAAGAGUCCAGCAGGGAGUCAGGGUGACGCCAUCACCAGCCUGCCCAUCAGUAUCCCCCUCAGCACAGUGCACCCCAGCAAGCUCCCCGUUAGCAUCCCCCUGGCCAGUGUGGUGCUGCCCAGCCGAGCAGAGAGACUGAGGAGCACACCAAGUCCUGUGUCCCAGACAGGCCAGACCAACGGGUACUCCUCUAGCUCAGGGCUGAUGAAUGGAGGCUCUCACUCUGAGGACCAGGAUGGGGCUGCCCCCUCCCCUCCCUCUCACGGUGCCCCUCCUAUGGGACCAACACGAGGCCACAGCCCCCCCCUCAGCACCGGAGGGGUCCUCCAGUAUGCUGACGGCCCCCCCAGAAUCCUCCCUGGGGACGCGACCGAGCGGCAGGGCGAGUCUGACUCGGAGCCCCAGGACAGCGAGUCCAGACGCCGCAUGUUCUUCUCUUUGUCGUCUUCCUCCUCCUCUGGGGGCGCCGCGUCUCGCCUCCACCUCUGCUCGGCCAGACAGAGCCAGCAUCACCACGGGAGCCACAGUAACCACAACAAUCACCACCACAACCGCUCGCCGGGCUCCCAGCAUACAAACUCUCACAGUCAUGGGUCUCAGGAGGAACGCAAGCGUGGGAGGAGGAAGCGCAGCUCAACGGGGGCUCAACCUGCCAGCGGCUCCCCAAAGAGGAGGUCCUUUCCUGGGCUUAGCUCCACCAAUCACCCCUCUGGAUCCCCACUCAACAUCAACUCCAUGGUGAACAACAUUAACCAGCCUCUGGAGAUCGCUGCCAUCUCUUCCCCGGAGCAGUCUGGCCGUAGCUCCUGUGGUCCAGAUAUGGACCAGCCCCCUGUACUGAAGAGAGAACGCCCUCUGGAGAUGAAUGGCUCAGGACGCUACUCCUCCGCACCCAGCUCUGACGACGACUCUGGCUACCCUGCUGACAGCUCCAGCUCAAGAAUUGAAAGGAAGAUUGCCACUAUUUCCCUGGAGAGCCGAGAUGGACCAGGCAGAUCAGGGGACAGGGAGCGCGGAAGGAAGUCAGGAGGCAGCAGCGGUAACAGCACAGGAAGUGAGGUCUCCUCUUCAUCUUCCUCCUCAUCCUCCUCAUCCAACAGCAAGUGGAAAUCCACCUUCUCCCCCAUCUCAGACCUCAAGCAGCCCCUGCCCGAGCUGAGGCAGGGGGGCUCCCCCUUCGGCACGGGGAGAGAGCCGCGGGGCCUGGGCACGGGUACGGACUCAGACUCUGAUCACAAACCGCAGCAGCAGAGGAGGGGGAGUGAGGGGGCCGGGGGUGAGCCCUCAGGGUUUCAGGACAUCCCCCUUAACCUUUUCCUCAGCCAGGAGUCUGGGGGACGGCCGGGGGCAGGGGCCCAGGGAGGAAGCAGCUCUGAGAGGCAGGCCAUGCCCAAACAGAAGCCCCGGGGUGAGCGGGAGCUUAAGACAUCCAGCAGCAUGGGCAACAGCCAGAACCUCUUCAUCUCUGCUGCCGCCAGCGGGGGUAUCCUGAGCGGCAAGGUGGGGGGCAGCCCUGUAUCUUCAGCCUCAGGGGCCUCUGUGGGACAGUACAUGGGGUCCCAGUUCCCCCUUGGGGGGGCCUCUGUCCUCCAGUCCCUGUUCGGAGCCCAGUCUCCCGGAACUUCGGUGAGCGGGGCCCCGCGCCUGGUCAAUGGACACUCUUCCCUGGGGAGCUUCUCCAGCGCUGGGCUGGCAGGUGGAGCAGCUGGAGGUAACUGAAGAAUAUCUACCUCAACCCAACGUAACUAUGCAAAUGGAAAGGUGUGGACCAAUGAACUCUACUAUCUCACUGGUGCUCCCAAGCCUGCUAAACCGCCACUGCACUGGGACUCAAAACACACACACACACACACACACACAGAGCUGAUCACAAACACACACACACACACUGCUUCGGCCACUCACGCUGACACACACUCACAGCGGCGUCCUGAGCAGAGUUGAGCGGUCACGGGGGUGUAUGUGUCAUGGGAUGAGGCUGAAGGUAUUCACUGGGUUGUGUACAUCUCAUCCUUAAUGAAUUGGUAUGCUGCCUGCUCUCAAGAUUAUAGUGACACAUGAAACGCACUGUUUCCAUGGCAGUAACUUGUAUAGGUACAUCACUGUCACAAUGUAACGUGGUGCUAAUAAGACUUAUUCAAUAUAGAUAGUUAUUUGUUAAAGACUCAAUUCACACAUUUGACUACAGAAGACGUCGCAGUUAGCAGUGUAGUUUUACAUCUCACUGAUGCCAUUAUAUUAGUAAAGGCAGACAGUGUGUAUAGUGGGAGAUUCGUGUGGGUCUAUCAUCCCAGUAGACAGCACUCUCCUCUUUGUUCUGUCAUUAUCUGACCACCAGGUGCUAUGUUAGACCUCAUCCCCCCACACACCAUCACACACACGCUAGACCAGUCUAACCCAGCUCUGAUCAGGACUAGGGACCAUGCAGCUGUGCCUCACUGCAUCUCUAGCACUCUGAUACCAAACCUUGAACCCUGAUCAUUUGUUCAGUGAAUGAAAUAUGAUUUGACUACAUUAGCUUUUGGCUACAGUAUAAAACGGGGGAAGUUGUUGGUUCAAACACACUGGGUAACAUAUGUGUACCCUGUGACAAUAUCCCUGGUGCAGGGACAGCACUAUAGUAAGCUGUCAGCCCAGAGUAAAAAGUGAUUAGUUAUAUUGGUGUAAUCAUGGUCCGUGUCAAGUCAAAGUAUCAUUUGUGAAUAACGAAAGUGUCUGGAAAUGAAAUAGUACGCCUCGAGGGUGUUGUCUCAUUCACUUAAGUGCUGCCAGCUGAGCUGUGCGUCAACACGUAUGGAUGUGAACAGCAGAAAGACUGGAGGAUAUAAAGCGGAAACAGGAUUCAGUUAGUGAGACAGUCCGUUUAUAAUCACUACUUAUCGAGCCAGCGAGAGUGUUAGGGCGUAGGGACCUGCAACGCAAUGUUCAUUCUUCACAAGUAGGAAUCUCAACUACUCUUAACCUAAGCUUCUUUGUUAUGUUUUAUCUCCCUUCCGAAACACUGAUAUGAUGAAAAUGCAGGUGUAAUUUUGGGACUCAAAUGUUGUUUGUGUUGUAUUCCGGCAAGUCUCUGGAAUCAUAUCUCACUGAGUUCACAGGGUUGGGUAGAAAUGCUGUCUGUACGUGUCACCUUUUGUCCACUAACACUGUAGUGGCACUUUCUGCAGCCACUUCAACCUGCACACACUGAUAUACAGUGGCUUGCGAAAGUAUUCACCCCCCUUGGCAUUUUUCCUAUUUUGUUGCAUUACAACC